UAUAAAAUGAAAAUUUUAUGUAAAAAAAUAAUAAAGGGAGUAGGAUUUAUAAAAGUGAUACCAGAAGAAGAUGAUGAUUUUUGGCAUUUAUAUAACUUAUUAUCGGUGGGUGAUAUAAUAAAGACUAGUACACAUAGAAAGAUAGUAAAAGAAAGUAAUUAAAUAUAAUAUUGAUUAGGUUAGACAGGUACGAAGGUAGCAGAGAAACGUAGGAUUUAUGUAUUUUUGAAGGUGCAUGAAAUAAAUUAUUGGGCAGAUUAAUAUUUAUUAUUAUCAAUAAAGGGUAGAAAUUGUUAAGAAUCUCAUUGGUUAUCAUUAGGUUAAUUUCAUACAUAUGAAGUGGAAUUAAAUCAAAAGAUAGUGAUUUAUAAAGAGAAUUGGGAUAGAUUUCAUUAUGCAAUAUUAGAUUAGAUAAAACAAUAAUAAACAUCAUCAGAAGUAGCAGCAUUUAUAAUGGAAGAAGGAGUUGGUCAUUUAUGUUUGAUUGGAUAAGCAACAACUAGAUUGAAAUAGAAAGUAGAAAAACAAAUAACAAAAAAGAGAAAUUAGAAUGAAUAAAGAGAAAAGGGAAUGGAAGAAUUUUUUAAAGCAUGUUUAGCAGCCCUAGAAUAAGAUUCAUUGAUGGAAUAAGUUAAAUGUUUAAUAGUGGCAUCUCCAGGGUAAGAAUAUAUAUAGUAUUAUUAUUGUAGAUUCGUGAAAGAUGAUUUCUAUGCAUUUCUGAGAUAAACAUUUUAGAAAGAAGAAAAAUAUAAAGGAUAAUAAAAGAUAUUGUUAGAUAAAAUAUUUUUGGCUAAAUCAAGUUCAGGAUAUUUAAAUAGUUUGAUGGAAAUCUUAUAGGAUCAAUAAGUUUAACAAAGAUUAGAAAACACAAAGUAAGACUAUGAAUGAUUUUAAGGGCUAUGUAAGAGAUAAUGAUUUUGGAAAAGUUUUUUUAAUAAUUGAGAGUUGAUAUAACCAAAGUAGCAUAUGGUAAGAAAGAUAUCGAGUUUGCUCAUAGUUUAGGAGCAAUCUAAACAUUAUUAAUUAGUGAUAAAGUUGCCAGAGCAAAAGAUCCAAAAGUAAGAAGAUAAUGGCUUUCUGUAAUUGAAGAAAUUAAAAGAAAAGGAGGUGAAGUAUUCAUCUUCUCUAGUUUACAUCCAUCUGGAAAAUAAUUAAACAAUUACACAGGAAUUGCUGCCAUCUUGUAUGUUUCAGUCUAAUUUGAUUAUGAAGAUGAAGAAGAAGUUGAUGAAGAAUAAGUAGAAUAAUAAAUCUAACAACAUCAACAUCAACAUGAUUCAGAAGAAUUUAAAAUGGAUUUAUCAGUCUAAAAGAAGUUUGAAGAGUUUGGUAUGGAAGAGGAUGAUGAUAAUCAAGGAGAUUUUUGAAUCUAUUGUUUUGUAUAUUUAAAUGAAAG